UUUCAGGCAGCACAUCGAAUCCCGAUGCUAAACGUCUAUACGACGAUCUUCUCAGUAAUUACAACAAAUUAGUACGACCCGUUGUCAAUGUACCGACGCUCUAACCGUACGUAUCAAAUUGAAAUUAUCGCAAUUGAUUGAUGUCAAUUUGAAAAAUCAAAUCAUGACAACCAAUUUGUGGGUGGAACAAUCGUGGUACGAUUAUAAAUUGCAAUGGGAGCCAAAGGAAUAUGGUGGUGUUGAAAUGUUGCAUGUGCCCAGUGAUCAUAUAUGGCGACCGGAUAUUGUUUUAUAUAAUAAUGCUGAUGGUAAUUUCGAAGUAACUUUAGCUACAAAGGCCACCCUAAACUAUACAGGACGUGUUGAAUGGCGGCCACCUGCUAUUUAUAAAAGUUCUUGCGAAAUUGAUGUCGAAUAUUUUCCUUUCGAUGAACAGACGUGUGUUAUGAAAUUUGGCAGUUGGACAUAUGAUGGGUUUCAGGUUGAUUUACGCCAUAUUGAUGAAUUAAAUGGUACAAAUAUUGUUGAAGUUGGUGUAGAUUUAUCAGAGUUUUAUACAUCCGUAGAAUGGGAUAUUUUAGAAGUACCUGCAGUAAGAAACGAAAAAUUUUAUACCUGCUGCGAUGAACCCUAUUUGGAUAUAACAUUUAAUAUAACAAUGCGCCGCAAAACCCUUUUCUAUACGGUUAAUCUUAUUAUACCCUGUAUGGGCAUUAGUUUUUUAACAAUUUUGGUAUUUUAUUUACCAUCUGAUAGUGGUGAAAAAGUCUCAUUAAGCAUAUCCAUUUUACUGUCGUUGACUGUGUUCUUCUUGCUGCUUGCGGAAAUUAUUCCGCCAACAUCGUUAGUUGUGCCGCUUUUAGGGAAAUUUGUACUUUUUACAAUGAUACUCGAUACAUUCAGUAUAUGUGUUACGGUGGUAGUACUUAAUAUACACUUUCGUUCGCCGCAAACUCACACUAUGGCACCUUGGGUGCGUACAGUGUUUAUCAAUCAACUGCCACGGUUUCUGGUAAUGCGACGACCGCUUUAUCCCAUUGGUGAAAUGAUUAAAACAUCUCGACAACUUAUGUUACGAACCUGUAAUGGACUUGAACUUAGGGAUCAAAUACCACCGCUGCCACCACCCGUAGCCUUAUCACGUAUUCGUAGACUACACCACAGUCCACACAAAACUUCACGCAGCACCUCGCCACACCUACAACAUCGCGUACAGAGUCUCAAUAUGCUGGACGAGGUUAGUGGGGCGUACGGCGGUAGUUGUGUCGUUGGUGGUGCGUCCACAAUAACGGGUAACUGUUCGAUUAUGUACCCCUCAACUAUGAAUCAAGAGACUUCAACAACCAGUUCACUGGUCGACACUUUACAUCACAGUCAAUACCAGCAAACGGGUGGCUCUUUACUAGAUCAUCCUUUAACGCCAACGAAAUUUCGUCAGAAAGCCUCAACUGCAGUGCAAACGAAUGGCAUUGGUAUGGAAUCCUCUACUUCACAAUACAGUGGCUAUGGUACGAUACAUCAUCAACAUCACCAAGUGCCAUUGCAUCAGCAACAGUCGCAGCAAUCACAACAACAUAUACAUCAUAUGAGUCAUGGGGCAAACGCUGCCAAAUCAUCUUCCACCACCACGCUACAUCAACAGCACUCGCACCCCUAUCAUUUGUAUCGCCAACAAUCCACAUGUUCGGCGAAUUUUUCGCCUGUGCCUGCACCUCUGCAUCCGCAUCAACAGCAUCAGUCGACCACGACUUGUGACCUAAUAGGCAAUACCAAUUCGAAUGUGAUAAAAUCAACUACCACCGUUAACUCGGUGGCCACUGCCUCUACACUGGCGGGGUCCUGCUGCAGUGUAAACGGUGCAGUACAGAUCCAUCAGGGUUUGGGUGCUGGAGCGGCUUGUGAUUCGGCCGCCAAUCGUACUCAGCAGACAGGUGUGCAAACUACUAAUACAACAACUUCAACUGCCAGAAGUGUGGGUGUUGGUGGCGGCGAAGUUUUACCCGAGUGUCAGCGUGAAGGUGGCCCUCACUGUUGUUCGUCAAGUAAAAAUCGAGUGAGACAUCGUUGGCACAAGUGUCCCGAGCUGCAUAAGGCCAUGGAUGGUGUGACCUAUAUAGCGGAUCAGACGCGCAAGGAAGAGGAGAGUACUAAGUGAGUUAAAGAAGAUUGGAAAUAUGUGGCCAUGGUAUUGGAUCGUCUUUUCUUAUGGAUUUUCACAAUUGCUGUAGUUUUUGGAACAGCCGGUAUCAUCUUACAGGCACCAACAUUGUACGAUACACGCGUACCAAUCGAUAUUAAAUUAUCAGAAAUUGCAUCAACAACAGCAAAACCGAACAUUGCCAAACCUGUGUUGUAAAUAUUAAAUAAAUUAAUAAUAAUGAUAAAAUAUAAAACAAUAUAAAAUAAAUAAAUAAAUUUAAUAAAAACAAAUAAAAUUUAUUAAUACAAAAACAAAACAAAGUGAAACCUUUCGUUACUACUCAUAACAAGGGAUAAAAAUUAAACAAAAAAAUAUUAAACUCAACAAAAUGAAUAAAUCUAUAAAAAUAAUAAAAACAUAAAAUUGUUUAAAUAAACUAAGUUAAAAUAGUGUUUAAAACAAAUAACAAAAAGAAGUAUAAAAACCAAGUUUAACCAAUUGGAAAAAAGUAAUAUAAGAAAAUUAAACAGAAAAAGUAAAUUCUAUAACAAAAAGUACUUUUGAGAGUACUUUUUACUUUAAGUACUUAUGAUAAACAAAUGUUAAAAUAAGCAACUAAAUUCUAUACAUUAAAAGUAAGGAAAUGUUUUAUUAGAUGGAGCACAAACAAAAAUUAAGUUAAGAAUAAAAUUAAUAAAAUAUGUUGCACAGUGGUUUAAAAGAGGGAAAAAUGGGGAUAGUUGUAUUAAGCACAAAAAGAAUUAACAAAAACAAAGUUCUAGUUCAGUUGUAAUUCAGUUCUACUUAUGUUCUAGCUUAGUUCAA